CGCUCCCGCCCCAUCCUCUUCCCUCCCUCCCCGUCUCCUUCCUGCCGCCUCACCCGGCCCGCCCGUCCGCCUUUCCCGUCUGGGGCCGCACGCUGGGCGGCUCGGGCCGGCCGUGGGACCGUGAUCACACCCUUUCCAGAAAUUCUUGGCUGGUAACCGGGAAGCAAGAGCUGGGAGAACUGGAGAAAACCGCUUGAAUCUGACUUGACGCUGGCUGGAAGCUGACGCUGCGUGGUAAUAGCCAACUUUGGCAAAGCGCCUUCAGAGGCUCGUCCAGCUUCUCGUUUGUGGGAGUCACUGGAGUGAGUCACCUGAAGACGCCAUCCUCGUGUCAUCCCGCUCAUGCCUUAGGCUCUGGAGACACCGGUUCUAGAUUCUACCAGAAUUAAGGCUUUUCUUGGACCCAUGCUCCAGCCUGGACCCCCAUGAGUGGGUGGAAAGCACUCAUGCCUACAACCCAGCGCCCAGCUGGCCACACUGACGCAGGAUGCUCCAACAGGAUUAUUGCCACAGUUCAGGCUCUGCUGCCCGAGGCGGGGAGUCCCUCCGGGAAGACCUGCAGGAGUUCCUGGGUGGGGAGGCCCCACUGCACCAGCUCGAUGACCUCACCAAGGUGAAUCCUGUGACACUGGAGACAGUCCUGAGGUGUCUGCAGGCCCGGUACACAGCUGACACAUUCUACACCAAUGCUGGCUGCACCCUGGUGGCUCUGAACCCCUUCAAGCCGGUCCCUCAGCUCUACUCUCCGGAACUGAUGAGAGAGUACCACGCUGCUCCUCAGCCCCAGAAACUGAAGCCUCACAUCUUCACUGUGGGCGAACAGACCUACCGGAACGUGAAGAGCCUGAUCGAGCCGGUCAACCAGUCUAUCAUCGUUAGUGGGGAGAGCGGUGCUGGAAAGACAUGGACGUCCCGCUGCCUGAUGAAGUUCUACACAGUGGUGGCCACCUCACCCACAUCUCAGGAGAGCCACAGGAUUGCCGAGAGGAUCGAGCAGCGCAUCCUGAACUCCAACCCUGUCAUGGAAGCCUUUGGGAACGCGUGCACCCUGAGGAAUAACAACAGCAGCCGCUUUGGGAAGUUCAUCCAGCUCCAGCUGAACAGGGCCCACCAGAUGACCGGAGCGGCCGUCCAGACCUACCUCCUAGAGAAAACCCGAGUGGCCUGCCAGGCCUCUAGCGAGAGAAACUUCCACAUCUUCUACCAGAUGUGCAAAGGAGCCAGCGCCAGGGAGAGGCUCCAGUGGCACCUCCCCGAGGGAGCGGCCUUCUCGUGGCUGCCCAACUCUGAGUGGAACCUGGAAGAGGACUCCUUCGAGGUGACAAGAGAGGCCAUGCUUCAUCUGGGCAUUGAUGUCCCCACCCAGGAAAACAUCUUUAAGAUCCUCGCUGGACUGCUGCACCUCGGCAACGUGCUCUUUGCUGACUCAGACGACGAAGCCCAGCCCUGCCCGCUGAGGCCCGAUGCCCAGUGCUCCCUCGGCACCUCAGCCUCCCUGCUGCUGCUCCCGGAAGAGCCCCUGCUGGACACUCUGCGGAUCCGACCCAUUCGGGCCGGCCGGCAGCAGCAGGUGGUCCGGAAGCCCUGCUCCCAGGCCGAGUGUGACACCCGCAGGGACUGUCUGGCGAAGCUGGUCUACGCAAGGCUCUUCGACUGGCUGGUGUCGGUGAUCAACAGCAGCAUCUGCGCAGACCCCGGCUCCUGGACCUCGUUCAUAGGCCUGCUGGAUGUGUACGGCUUCGAGUCUUUUCCUGACAACAGCCUGGAGCAGCUGUGCAUCAACUACGCGAACGAGAAGCUGCAGCAGCAUUUCGUGGGGCACUACCUGAGGGCGCAGCAGGAGGAGUACGCAGUAGAGGGCCUGGAGUGGACCUUUGUCGACUACCAGGACAACCAGACCUGCUUGGACCUCAUCGAGGGGGCCCCCAUCAGUAUCUGCUCCCUCAUAAAUGAGGAAUGCCGCCUGAACCGGCCGAGCAGCGCGGCCCAGCUGCAGACACGCAUCGAGAGCACCCUGGCGGGCAGCCCGUGCCUGGGCCACAACAAGCUGAGCCCGGAGCCCAGCUUCAUCGUGGUGCACUACGCAGGGCCCGUGCAGUACCACACGGCCGGCCUGGUGGAGAAGAACAAGGACCCUGUCCCCCCAGAGCUGAUGGGGCUCCUGAAGCAGUCCCAGGACCCUCUGUUCCAAGUGCUGUUUCCUGCUGACCUGGAAGAGAAGCCCCAGGAGGUGUCCUCUGGCCAGAGCAGGGCACCUGUGUUAACGGUGGUGUCCAAGUUCAAGGCCUCCCUGGAGCAGCUGCUGCAGGUCCUGCAAAGCACCACCCCUCACUACAUUCGCUGCAUCAAGCCCAACAGCCAGGGCCGGGCAGAGACCUUCCUGCGGGAGGAGGUCCUGGGCCAGCUGAAGGCCUGUGGCCUGGUGGAGACCAUCCACAUCAGCGCUGCCGGCUUCCCCAUCCGGGUCUCACACCGGAACUUUGUGGAGCGGUACAAACUGCUGAGAAGGCUCCGUCCUCGACCCCCCCUCGGCCCCCGGAACCCCUCUGAAGGGCUUACAGAGCCCUCUCCACAGGUUGAGGACGCCAUGCUGCAGCCUCUUCUCCACGACAUCCUGUCAGCCCUGCCAGCUCUGGCUCGAGACGCAGCUGAGGGCCCCCAAGUCCCCGUGCGCUGUGGCAGGACCAAGGUGUUCAUGACCGACUCCCUGUUGGAGCUUCUGGAACACUGGCGGGCCCGUGUGCUGGAGCAGUGCGCCCGCUGCAUCCAGGGUGGCUGGAGGCGGUACCGGCGCCGGCAGCGGGAGCGGCAGAGGCGGGCAGCCACGCUCAUCCAGGCAGCCUUCCGUUCCUGGCGAACUCGGAAACACAUCCAGAGACUGCACGAGGCCGCCACGGUCAUCAAGCGUGCCUGGCGGAGGCAGAGAGUCCAGAUGGCCUCCCUGGCUUCUGAGCUGGAUGGUGUGGAAGAAAAGCACGCCCCUCCCACAGCUACCGGCUCCCAGGACUCCUUCCCGCUGCCCAAGAUGCACCCCAAGCACUGGAGGGCGAUCAUUCGCCUCUGGCCCAUGGGACUGGUCCUGGUCAAUGCCACCGGCGGCAUCCUCGGCUUUCAGAGGGAGCUGGUGGUCUGGGCCUGCCUCCAGCUCCCCCUGCCCGACACCACAAGCUGCACCCCCCGCAGAGCGCAAGAACAGGGAGGCAUCACGUCCAUCCGCGCACUGCCGCAGGGCUCCGUCAAGUUCCACUGCCGCCGGUCUCCGCUGCACUACGCCGACAUCUGCCCUGCGCCUCCGCCCGACAGUGUUACUGGUUUUAAUCAGAUCCUGCUGGAAAGACAGGGACUGGGCCACGUGUGAGCGCUUCUCACCUUCCACCCUCCUCUGGCUGGGCGAUCCUUGGGGCCUUUGUUCCUGAGGCCCCUCCUGCCAGCGGCCUUGCCAAAAACACCGAGCUGCCAGCGACUCCCAGGCACUCCCAGGGUGGCUGAGGCACGGGGAGAGCAGCAGCGCCUGUCUGCGGGGGCUCCAGCCUACACCUUCUGCACUGACGGGUCAGCAAAAAGAACUCAAGGGGCUGGCGUGCGCUUCCGUGGGGUGCUGGAAGCUCAGGCUGGGAAACCCAGGACCAUACGGUCCCCUGAGUGCGGCCAAGAGUGACUCACCCCCAACACUAAGCCAGAAGUAGCCCCUGGGCACUGCCAGGUGAGGCAGGCCCCCAACAAUACCUCAGGGUAACUUAAAACUUCCGCAUUUUCCUGCCUUCAGAGGUGGCACUCAAACAGGACCGAGUUUGUCCAUCACCGGUGGCCUGUCCACCCCACCAAGAGCACAGG